AUGUCUGCUGUAGGAAAGGGGCAUGAUAUGUUCUGUCAGAAGGCAGUGUCCCUCAUAGUUGACCUCUGCACUCAGGACAGCCCACGGCUAGACCACGACACCUGCGAGGAGUUUCUCUUUCACAUCUCCAAUCAAGAGUUCAACCACAAAGAAUCGGACAUCACUACAGGCCUUCCCAUCGGUGUGAUAAUAACGUGUGGUUUGGCGCUGCUGUUACUUUCCACACUUGUCUCCUGGAAGCUCUGUUGGGUUCCUUGGAGGAAAAAAUCGCUCUCAUCAAGUUCUGCGGCCCUCGCCACCGACGACUGCCCCUCGUUUCAGCAACCGUCUCUUCUGCCGAGUCCUCAUCAUUCCAAGGUCGCUAUGGCGACUGAGAAGGAAAAAUAUCCUUUGGCAUCGAUGGGCUUCCUGGAGGCAGCCGUUAAAAUAAGCCAAACAUCUCCUGACAUCCCCGCUGAGGUGCAGCUCUCUAUGAGGGAACACUUUCUGCGCCGAACACAGCGUAUGCAGAGACAAACCACCGAGCCGGCAUCAUCCACCAGACACAGUUCCUUCAAACGUCACCUCCCCCGUCAGAUGCAGGUAAGCAGUCUGGACCUUGGGGACGACUACUACGUAGAUGAACAGCCAACCAGCAUCGGCCGCAUAAAUCCCGAACUCUACAAGCAGAUGGGCACCAAGAACGAAGACUCCAGCAACGGCGAAAGUGGCAAAAACUGCGGGAAGAUCAAUUUUUCUCUCCGUUACGACUACGAGAACGAGAUGUUGCUGGUUAACAUACUCAAGGCCUUCGAUCUACCAGCCAAGGAUCUUUGUGGCAGCUCCGAUCCCUACGUGAAGAUCUACCUACUGCCUGACAGGCAGCAGAAAUUCCAGACGCGAGUCCAUCGUAAAACGCUCAACCCCACAUUCGACGAGUCUUUCCAGUUUCCCGUGCCCUACGACGAGCUGCCAGCCAGGAAGCUCCAUCUGAGCGUUUUUGACUUUGACCGAUUCUCACGGCACGAUAUGAUCGGAGAGGUCAUACUGGACAAUCUGUUUGAAGCGUCUGAUCUCUCCAGGGAGACCUCCAUCUGGAAAGACAUUCAGUAUGCUACCUCUGAAAGUGUAGAUCUUGGGGAGAUCAUGUUCUCGCUCUGCUAUCUGCCUACAGCAGGCAGACUAACACUCACGGUCAUCAAGUGCAGGAACCUUAAGGCAAUGGACAUCACAGGAUACUCAGAUCCCUAUGUGAAAGUGUCCCUCAUUUGUGAUGGGAGGCGUCUGAAAAAGAAGAAGACUACAACAAAGAAAAACACCCUGAACCCUACAUAUAAUGAGGCCAUUAUCUUUGACAUCCCUCCUGAGAGUAUGGACCAAGUCAGCUUACACAUCUCCGUCAUGGACUAUGAUCUGGUGGGCCAUAAUGAGAUUAUUGGUGUGUGCCGUUUGGGGUGUGGUGCUGAAGGGUUGGGUAGGGACCACUGGAACGAGAUGCUGGCAUACCCUCGUAAACCCAUUGCACACUGGCACCCCCUGCUGGAGUCCAAGAAAUCUGAAAAAGAGUGGAAAACCAGAACGGCCAGUUUUGACAGUCAGGGGUCUUGUCCCUCCCCCAAACCUCCUGCCAGCCCUUGAUCAGAGCCAGAUGUAAAAACCCACGGGCUAUGUAAACCCAUCUUCGCUCUCUCGCCGAUGUCUAUGUGUCUGUACAAGGAAAUGAGAGGGAGAGAGAGAAAUAAACUCUGCUAUCCACGUUUCCCUUUGGGUUGCUAUAGAUGCUUCCCAAACACUGAACCAAGAUCAGUCCCUGCUGUCUUUGCCGAUGUUCCUCAUGUUCAAAAUGUUCCAGUCCACAUGAUCUUCCGUCAGCCAUCGGGGUGUUGUGCAACCUUCUAUACCUAGAAUACUCUACAAAGCAAACUUUGUAUUCCUAGAAUAGCUCGGUACAGUCAGCAGAAGUGUUUCUCCCAUUUGAAUUUUCCUUCAGACUGAAGCGUUUGAAAUGUGAGUGUGGUGUUCUGUAAUCUGUCUGCGUGCUGUAGAAGUUUCCGCACAAUGCUGCAGGUCCAUGUGAAUGCCUUUGCUCAGAUCUUAAAUUUUGAAAGGAGGACUAACCAUCUCGAGGAACGAAGGGCUUGACAGUGUGAGCAGUGAGAGGAGAAGAAAGUGAUGCGAAAGAAAGUAAAGGAUUUGUUAUGUGAUAUAGGAACCUUUUUAUCCUUCAUUGUAUGAAUAAAACUGUGUGUGAAGGUACAAAUAUCCUGAAGAAUAUAAAAAAUAGAAGUUUAUAGAUGUUGUUUAAAUGUUAAAUGUGUAAAAAGAGAUGGAAUUUCCGCACAACGAUCUUUUCCUAUUCCUUAUUCUUAGCAAAACAAAGAUGGUUUACAUGUAAAGACGCUCAUAGCUGCAAACACUUCACAUGUAGCCAUAUACAGCAAAUAUAUUUGAUUACAUUAAUAUUCAUGUGCGACACCACGAGUGCAAAACUGGGCAUUUCAUGGAGGAGUUAAUUGUGAAACGGCCAUAAAGAGGUGAAGAAAGGGAAUCUGAGUAGCAUUGCAUUUAAUAGAUUCUAUUCUUCUUUAAAGCUUCAUGCCGUUCCAUUUCCAUCUUAUGUUGACAGCUUAUCGAGUUGACAUCUUUUGACAUGUAAUUUUAUUGUGAGUUAAAUUGGACUGUCAAAAGUUUCCACAUUUUGGUACAUUGCACUGGAAAAUGUCUAGUGUAAGCAAUGCUUAAAUGAGUUUUCUGCACUAUAUGACAAGAGCAGGGUCCACUUUACAUCAAAAAAGUUUAAGAUAUUUACAUACAUUUUUCUAGAAUAACUCUUUAAAUUGUACAGUCUGUCUCCAGUAUACAGCAUAAAGAAAAAGUCUUAAAUAAUUGAUCAUUUUUAGGGAAAAAAACAAUGAUGUCAUCUUGCGCAAGCAUUACUUUUGUAUUGUUUAGGGCUGGAUAAUGCAUUAUGGUGCAGGCAAAAAAAAUCAUUGCUACUAUUUAGAUUUAUUAAACAACUUACAAAUUUACAUUGCGUUGUGAUGAAGAAUAUUUUAAAUUAUUUAUAGUGGGGUGUAGAGCUCAUCUGAUUUACUGAAUUCUGGUUCUUUUGUUUAACACGGUUAUUCAUCAGAACUUCAAGGACAUAAAACUCUUAGUUUAAACCUACUGAAUACGUUUCAAAGAAAUGACAUCUUAAUGCACACAAAUGGCAUUUAAUGAGAGCUUCCCCUCAAAAUCCUGGACAUCUUUCCAUUGUUUCAUAAAAAAAUAGCUAAAUAUUGCAUAAAAACAGGCGAUUCAAAUGCACAUGAUUGUCACUAAAUCAUGAGAGAUGAGCCCUGUAAGAGUGAAUCUUCUAUGCAGGGCUUCUAUUGUCAAUUGAUGUUGCAGUCCUGCUGCUCAAAGAUGGUGGGUUCUAGAACAAUGACUUUUCUGUAAUAUCCAGCUAGUGGUGUUAAAAUAUCUUUAAAGAUAUAUGACACGUCGGGCUAGUUUAGGAGAUGUCCUCCAUAUCAUAAGAUUGAGUUUUAAAUAUUUCUAUAUAGUAAAACAGAUUUCAUAUUUUAACAGAAUCUUCGAAAAUACCGGUGAACUUGUUAAGAAAAUGGUUGUGACAAAGUACAACUUAUUUGGUCUUACCUGUUUUUACAAUAUGAAUAUGUUGUAAUACUCAGACAAUAUAGAGUGUGUUUCUGUACGUGAAUGUAAAUGAAGGUAUAGAUAAUAUACAAAUUGUUUAUUUACCUCAUCACUAACUCUUGUGUGCUGUGUUUUAACAACCUGUUUCUGCUCCCUUGUGAAUCUAAUAACUUUCUAAUUUUGUAUUGAUCAUUUGUACUUGUAAAAUAACUUGUAACGUUUGAAGAGGUUCUUGUAUUUCAAAAAUGCCAAAAUAAAUUGUUGGUUCAGUCAUUUCAA